GUCCUUUUUCAGGAGGAGAACGGAGGCUGAGGGUGUUUGCUGCCAUUGCAUCCAGGGAUGAAAACCCACCCUGCCUGGAACAGCACGCUCCAUCCCCCUGCGGGCACACUGCUCGUGCUCAGUGGGAUCCCAGCACUGAUGUGUGCUGAGGUGAAGCUGUAGGUGCUGACUGCAGCUCCCUGCAGUGCGGCUGGGGAUGUGUCUGAGCCUGUCCAGCUCGGCGUGUCUCACUCUUCCUACAUCAGAAACUCCUUUUGGGAAGUUAUUUUCUUAAAAUGUGGGCUUGUUUUAUGUCAGCCAGUCAGCACUGAAUGGAUCUGCACUGGAAUACCUGCUGAAGGCUUUUAAUGCAGGAACAGUGCUGGGUCUCUGGGCAGGUGGGACUGGGGUGUUUGGAAGUGUUCUUAAAGGGCAGCCUAGGCCUGGCUGCUCAUCAGUGCUAAGGAUUAGUGUAAGUGUAAGAGCAGAGGAAGCUUUGCACAGCACGUGUGUAUGGUUGUUUUUUUGAAUUGCCAAUACUCAGUUAAGGCCCAUUUCUUAAAAGACAUUGGGUUCUUCCCAAGCUGGUACGGGAUCUGAAUUGUGAAAAGGAAGAGGAAAUUUCAUUUGCUGGCUGGUAUAAUAAAUUAGAGGGUGAGAGGUUGCCGAGUAAAACUUGGAGCUUCUUCAAUUCCGUGGGAAAGCAAAUUAAUUUGAUUUGAAGUACCUGGUGGUGCUGGAUUGAACAUCCUUUGUGCAGCUCAGUUGGCUGCAGAGGGAUUCCUCCUUUGGAAGGUUUAUUUUUAUGCGUGCAUAUUCCAGUGAUUUACAUGUAAUGUUUGUUUACACUUCCAUUUUUGUUGAGAAAGCUGGGUUCUAUUAGUCUGCUAGGUGUGAAUACUGCAUUUAAUGGUGGAGUGCCAGAUAUAGAUGGUUUUCAUUGUUCAAAAAAAAAAAAAGCCCAAUAUUGUUGCUGCAAUUCCUCAUCUUUUUUUGAUCUGGCUUCUGGUGGCAAAAGUCUCCUUAGGGCCUUCCAUAAGGUAGAUCUCUUCUGGAGGUCUCCUUUUUCUUGCCUUUAUUUUCAGAACUUGCAGCUGUAGGCUGGUUUCAUCUGCUGUCACUUCUGUGGUUUGGUUGAUAAUACGGAGCUCUAAGCUGUGUUCUGUUGACUGCAGAGAAAAGGUUAAAUAUUGACUCCUAACAAAACUAAAAUUGCCUUAAAUUGCUGUUUUUAUCCUCCUGUGUUGGCUGUUUGGAUGCUCAGUGUUGAAUGCACCACCUGUAUUGCUCAGAAGUGGGUGUGCUUGACUGUAAGUCCCAAGGCAUGUUUGAGCUAGCAAGGGGUUUGUAGUUGCUUUUGGUCUGACUUUUGAGUGCUUCUGCUUUCUAGUACAUGUGUUAGGAUCCUACCCUCAGGAAAGCUCAGAUCUGUGGAUGGAAGCAUGUGUGAACACUUGAGAUUGAGUGCUGGAGUAUAGGUGUUACUCAGAUCCUCAAGGUACUUUUAGGUGAAACACUGGGGCGUAAUUUCACAUAAACAAUCAAUCAUCAGAAGCUAUUUGCACAUGCUGUGUUUCCCAGAAUGAGUAGCCCCAUAGUACCCCUGCUCUUGACAUCCAGGCUCUGCUUUUUUACCUGAUGAGCACCUGCAUUCAGGCUGUUAACAGUUAUUUGUCUGCUUUGCUGAGGUCUCCAGGCACAUGGCAAGAAGAGCUUGGGUUUGAAAAGCUCCAGCUCAGGUACAAGCAGGUCACCAGGUGUUGUCCAAAGCUCUUCAGCUCCUCCCAGCUUAAUGUAGCCAGCUUUUGUUUUUCUGCUUGCUGUAUUUAAAGGGCUUGCUGGUACAAUAUGCAGUCAUCUUUUAUUUGAACCUUCAAAUAGCUAUGUUUCCAAGAUCUAUGGGAUGAGACUGUGUAGGAAGCAAUUGUAAGGAUGUGCAAAACCAGACUGCCCUGAAGCUCGCAGGCAUUAUCAGGACAUGAGGUGGAAUGUGUAUCCUUUGCUGCUUCUGCCCCUGCACCAACAAACCUUUGAUCAUCUGGCUGUUUCAAAGGCCACUUGUAUUGAUUACAGCAUGGCUCUCUGUGUUUGGUUUGGAAGAGAGGGUCUCCAGUCCUGGGAACUAAUUUGGGUUAGUGCUGCUCUGGGCACCUGUUGGGGAGGUGAUGGGGAGAAGUCAUACACCUUUGCUUCUCCUUAUAUCAGAUGAUUAAGGAGGAAAACAAGAAGUCUUCUGGUCCUGAUGUACCUCAAACUUAGCAAGUGUUUGAAGUUUUAAUCCACUAGUCUGAUUAAUGCUUGCAGGUGGUGGCCAGCUGAAGUGAAUGCAGUGAGAAGUGUGAAGAACCUGGUUUAUAAAAGAUCAUUUGGCUUUUGAUGAAGUUAAGUGUUAAAGAGGAGGAAGGAUGGAGGUUUAAACUCAGUGGUAUUCUUACUCUGAAACAACAGGUGGACUCUGCUGUCCUUACAGGCACAAAAGAGCACAAAAACAGAUCUAACAACCCUUCUCCAGAACAGCUUCACCAUUUGACCUGAGUAUUUUGAGCAAAAAGUGGGCUUCAAAUAUAGUAUUUAACUACCAAAUAUACUGUAAUGCAGUUGUGCUGUGCUCCCACUUACGGGACUUCUGAAAAUGGGGUGCAUGUGAAAUGGAACUGCGAUCAGACAACUGUAGCAGAAGGACUUGGGUACAAUAUAAUGUUCGGCCAGCUGGACUGCUUUACAUGCCUGAACUUGUUCUCAGGCAGUUUCUGUAGCUUAAUCCCCCUUUACUUCAGUGCAGACAAUUAUAGAUUGGUGACAUAGUUUAUGCUGAGGAAUUAGCAGUUAGAGAAUCUCCUGUGCGCUGGCAGCUCGUGCUCACUUUCCUCUGGGAAGGGCUGGUGCUUGCUUUCAGUGGCAGCGAGCAGAGGGCAGCUUCUGCAGGGACAUUCCCAAGAUGUUUCACCCCAGACUGAAAGCUCCUGACUGCCUGCUUUAAGGGGUUCAGCUGCUGGGGAUGGGGGCUUUGAACUGCACCGUAGCAUUGAUUCUGUCACCGAGACUGCUUGCUGCUGUUAGGCGAGGUGCAGUGCUCAGCUGGGAGUGGGGACUGUGAUAACGACUGAGCUGUUUCUAUCUAAAAGCCUGAUAAGGGGAAGUGACUGCUGGUGGGUUGGAGUGUCCUGACAAGGGUGUGCCUUCGCUGUGGCCUCUCAGUUUCUCCUUGUGCUAUCUCUGCACAGUGCAGCAUAGCUUCUGAUCACAACAGGUCUCUGUGGACUUCCUGGAACAUCCCGGCUGUAUUUUGGAACUGGCUGUUUUCAGCUGAAACAGUGAAAUGUUUUUCUGUGGCUUCGUAUAAGGAAAAUACAUAAGGUCUGAAGUAGCUGGCUUUUUCUCCCCUCUAAAGCUGUAAGUGGUGUUUAUUGAAAGCUAAUCAUUUCCAGACCUUCGAAAUGUCAUGGGACUCUUCCCUCCUUCACUGCCGUGUGUCAUCUCUAUUGAAAACCUUUGAAGCCAAGUGCAGGAAUCUACAAGCCGCCAUUGGAGCCUAUUAUGAUUUUGAGAGUCCAAACAUCAACGUACCCUCCAUGUCCUUUGUUGAAGAUGUCACCAUAGGUGAAGGAGAGUCCAUUCCUCCUGACACCCAGUUUACGAAAACAUGGAGGAUACAAAACACAGGGACAGAAGUAUGGCCUCCAGGAGUUUGUCUGAAGUAUGUUGGGGGAGACCAGUUUGGCCAUGUAAACAUGGUAAUGGUCAGGUCCCUGGAGCCCCAGGAGAUUGCAGAUGUCAGCGUUCAGAUGUGCAGCCCCAGCACAGCAGGAAUGUAUCAGGGACAGUGGCGAAUGUGCACUGCCACAGGACUGUAUUACGGAGAUGUCAUCUGGGUGAUCCUCAGUGUGGAAGUUGGAGGACUUCUAGGAGUAACACAGCAGCUGUCAUCCUUUGAAACGGAGUUCAACACACAACCGCACCGCAAGGUAGAAGGAAACUUUAACCCAUUCGCCUCUCCACAGAAGAACAGGCAACCAGAUGAAAACAACCUAAAAGACCCUGGGGGUUCUGAGCUAGGCACAAUCAGCAAAAACACGUGGGGGCCUGCUCCUGACCAAAUUGAACAAGAUCAGAAUGGACUGUCACAAAACUCUGUAAAUCUCUCCCCCAGCAGUCACUCGAACAACUUGUCGGUAGUGACAUACAGUAAGGGUUUCCACGGUCCUUAUCCCUUCGGACAGUCUUAAAACACAAACACACAAAACGGGUAUCGGCAAGAGGAGAAUUUAACAAAGAACUGACUUUUGGGGGAAGGGAGGGGGAUUCACGUGGCAGACAGACACAGCGUGGACCCCCCUUCUCUGCCUCCGUGUUCUGGAUAAAGAAGAAAAUUAAAUCAAAAGCCCAAUAACUUAAGACUGUUUCCGGAGGAAAGAUCUCAGUAUGCAUGUGUGAAUGCUGAAUUUCAGGAGUGUUGUUUAACGCUAUGAGAAGAAGACUAUACCGACACCACGAUAUUUUGUAGAAGUCAUUCUCACAGUAAUUAGGUAGCGGAGAAGUUUAAGAGAGAAAAUGAAAUGCAAAAGCCAUCUUUUGAAAAGAAUUUGCCUACGGAGCGGUUGUAGUUUGAGCAAAUGUUUAAUUUGUUUUCUUUCCUGUUCAUAUUUCUUUUUUGAAGAAGGGACAGCGUGCAUUUUGGUGGAGCUGCCAUCCUUUGCUUGUUACCCAAUGGACGUUUGCUUGGCAUCUUCUGCGGGUUUGUGCAGUGACUUCUUUGUGUUGGACGUGUUUUAAUGGCAGGUUGGGUCUGUACCCGGCUCGGCGUUUUUAAUUUCACCUUCUGAUUUUAUUGACCCACUUCUUCGUCUCCUCAAUGGAUUCUUUCUGUGUCUUCGUUCUUCCCUUUUGGUUUGAGCGUUGCCGUCAGUUGCCCCGCUGAGCAGCGGAUCUCAGCAUCACCACUGAAGGGAGGGACAGUGGGACCGGGUGAGGAUAACAGGAGGGCUCAUUUCCCUUCCUCUUGUACACGAAGUGCUCGUAUACCCAACCAUACGAAUAAGAAAAACGGAUUUAUUAAAGUUCCAGAGCUGUCCUACGUGGUUAGCAUUUUAAAAUACUCUUUUUGUUAACUCUUGAUGUACAAUAGCUGUGCCUAGAGCAACCAAGCAAGUGUAUCAGUCUUGUGCCAAGAGGAAGCUAUUUUUCUGUAGCUGUAAUUCACUCGAUGAUAGUCGCAAAGCUUUGCAAGUCACGUCCUUAUAGUUUUGAAUCUCCCAUCUCUCUCACACAGCGUAAGUUUGAGUUCCUUUCUCCUGUUAUGAAGCGUUAGCUUAGAGGCUAAUUCUUUGCAUUUUUGAAUGUAGAGCACGAGUUAGAAUCAGCUGCUGGAUUCCACUGUCGCCUUGUAUUCAUUUGCCUUUCUCAUCCUGGCUUGUAUAGCUUUGAGGCUCUCACCUUUCCAACGGGCUCUCCAGGGCUUGUUGCUGGAGGAGGACGCGUUCCUCUAAAGAUACGGGUUGCUCUGUUGUUCCUCCAGUGUAUCUUCAUGCAGUCACUGAUUGGAAAGCCCAGCGUGAAGGGAGGGGGAACGGCCUUGUGGCUUCCUGAGGGGCUGUGUCCCCACAGGUCCUCCUGCAGGGCACUGCCUUCCCAGGAAUCCUGCAGGCCAGAAGAGCCGUCUGCCAAAGAUACAGUGAUAUGCAAAUACCCCACAACCUCCUUCCCCAUCUUUCUGGUGCAGACUCCUUUCAGAGCAGAGCUCAGGCUUGCUGCUGCGUGGUGUGUGGCGUUUUCUUGAUUUGUUUUGAGUGGGGGAUCAGUUUGCACUGCAGCUGCCAAGCAGUGCAUACAGGUGCUUCGUGUGGGUCUUCCCCGGACCCAGCAGAGGAAGAAUCGGACCUUUGGGAGCACGUGUGGUUUGGUGAACAGACCCGGCUCUGUGUCAGCAGCUUGCUAGAGCUGGGCGAGUGGUACAGAUCCAGGCUGAGCUGCUCUGGAACGUUCCCAUGGAAGGUAGUGCUGCACUGCUUGGUGCCGCUGCAGUGUUUUGUUCUCGUCCUGUCACAUCCUUCUGCCCUGGUGAAGUUUGUGUUCCCUUAGCAUUCAGUCUAGGGAGUAGUUUGCAUUGCUGCACUGUAGCUUGGGCAAGUGGAUUCUUCCUCUGCUCCUUCCUUUCUGAGCAGGUGGUGUAUGUGCCAAGCUCUGAAGGCACGGACUUGACCAUCGCAUCUGCAGUACUGCCACUGCCCUUCUGAAAGCAUCUAAAACACUGCAGACUGUUUGUCCAGAUGACGAGGUGAUUCCUUAUCUUUAUUAGCUCCCUUUGUCAGCUGUGUAGUGGAAGGGGGCAGGGGAAGGAAAUAAGACCUCAGUGUCAUACUGCAGCUGGUGCUGCAACCUUUGCCUUGCGUCAGCUGGGAGACCCUGGAGCCUCACAUCCCCCCCACUUCAGCUUUCUGCUCCUGGGCACGUCUGCUCUUCGUGUCGAGAAUGGCUGCCACGCUUGUGUUCCUGUGCUGCUCCUGCUAGGAAUGAAUCUUCCUUUUCUUGAGAAAAGCUUGCAUGAUGCACCCCAAGUAGUCCUGUGCUUUCCCACUCAGAAGGCAUACUUGUCCGGCACAGAUCUGAGUUCUCUCCUGAGUGUUUCCGAUCCACGGUGUCCUUUGUGGCAAGACUUGCUUGCUCCAGGGUGUGCAGAAAGGCAGGGCCAUUGCUGAGGUGCUGCUGGAACCUGCAGCCUCACACUGCUCACAGUGCAGCUGUUCCCCACGGAGCUGAGCUUUGGCAUAGUGGGAAUGGUCUCUGAAGAUGAUGGUGCAGAGCUGCGGAUGCUUUGAGAGUCGGGGCUGCAACCUUUGCUGUGACAGUGGGAGAGCGUUGAGAUGAGAGGUUGCUCCACCUCUGGGUUUUUCCUCUCGUAAGAACUGUUUCUCUGAGGCCGGAGGUGGUUUUAUCUGCUCUGGUUCCUUGAAGCACAGCCCUCACGUUGCUGCUGCUGUCAGCUUUCCUGAUCUCACAGAGAGAGGUCUGAGAUAUUCGGGCGUCGUGGGGGCGCUGGGAUCCCUCCUGCUUUCUGUAGGGAUGAUGCAUUCAAACUCGUGGAGACUUUAACAUCAGGCAGGUGAAACCAAUGGCGUGGUUCGUCAGCACUGCUGCUGGGUUCGCGUGCGGUGUGUGCUGCAGCUCACAGGAGCCGGGCCGGGGGGGUUAUGCACAUAGAGCUCAGGCUUGUGAGGUAUAGCAGGUAAAGCAUUGGGAGGCUGCAUCACCCCCAUGGGGCUGGAACCCCCCCGCACAGAAGGCUGCAGUGACAGAGGCUGCAGCUCUCUGAUUAACACCCGUCUGUCCCGAGCAGAGAAAGAUCUCCCUCACCCACCGCCCCUCCGAAAAGAGGAAAGGCUGCAAUCCAUCUCCUCUCUCUCGCUGUGUUGGGCACAGGCAGUGGGUCCGUGGGCCCUCUGUGAACCCGGGGAAGUCAGAGCACAGUGCGGGUGGGAGUUCAGCCCCGAAGCGCUCGUGCUGUGCUGGGGGUGGGCUGUGCUGAGCUGCAGCACGGGGACAAAGCUGUGUGGGUUGGAGAGCAGCAGAGCCUGCAGGGUUGGGGAAUGCACGCUGUCCCGUGUCUGGGUUUCUGUUGUGUGUUUCAUUUCUUUUCUUGUGUGAGUGAGUGGGUGGUUCUGCAGCCUGUCUAUUCUCUCUGGGGGGAGUGCAUGUGUAGAACAGGAUGGUGUGUUGCCUCAUUGAGUCCGGGAGAAGUCCUACGAUAGCACAUUGGGGGUAAAAAAAAAACCGAAUAAAUAAAUAAAUAAAAAGGAAGCUUUUUCCUUAAUGUAUAAAUGAAUAUUUGUAUGAUUAAAUUAACACAGAAAAAAAAAA